AUGGACAAAGUGGAUCGGCACUCACAUAACGUAUUGCGGAUAAUAGACGACAGGAAGAUUGAAUUCGGGCUCGUUAAAGACUUCGACGUGAAUUACUACAGUCCCAUUGAGGCCUCGGAAGAUUUUGAAGUCUCCGCGCCCCUGAAUACGACACAGCCUGUUUUGGCUAUCGGCUGUUUGGUCUUCUCCGAGAAGCGCGGUGGAUCGGCUACUGGUCGACUUGAUGUGCAUGAAGAUUACCUCCAAGAGCAAUGA